AAAUUAAGCCAAGCCGAGCCGAGCCGAGCCACCGCCUUUCGGUACCAACAGUGGCAUUCUAGCAAUUUAGUUUGAAGUACAGGGUCAAACACGUCAAAACACGUAAAAAUUUUCAGAGAAGAACAUCGGCGCGUGGAUCGCCUUCAAAGCUCCAAUUUCUCGCUCACGAAAAAAUCGCCGCUUCAAACUCGCCCUUUCUUUUCAUGCCCUUUUUUCCGUUUCGUUUCCCCUUCGAUCGCGUGAAACGCUAUUUAUAACCCAAACCCCUCUUUCUUGGGAAACGCUAACGCUUCUCCAUGAACGCCGGCGAGGUCGCUGAUCUAAUGCCGGCCUCCGACGAGCUUCGCGCCUUUCUAGUUACCCAGUGAUGGGCUGCGCGGGGUCCAAGGAGGAGGACUCGCCGGUGCUGGCCCUUUGCCGGGAGCGCCGGGACCUGAUCCGCGCUGCCGUCGAUGGCCGCUACGCUCUUGCCUCCGCCCACGCCGCCUAUUUCCACGCCCUCGCUGCUGUCGGCGAUGCCCUCCACCGCUUCGCCCGUGACGAGCUUAUCCCUAUCUCUUCCUCUCCUUCUUCCCCUCACCUCACUCUUCCCUCCUCUGAAGGUAAACCGAAGCCGUCUAGAUCGUCCUCCAAUGGUGCUGCGUCUUCGUCUUCGUCUGCCACUCCACUCUCGCAUUCCCUCUCCUUUGAUGGCUCUCAUAUCCAUUUAUCUUCCGAUCCUCCAUCGGAACACAACGUCGAAGGUGAACGUGAUGAUGUUCGAACUCGAUCGCCGUCGCCUUCACCGUCUCCAUCACGGGCGGCUCCUUCGGCUAUGCCGAGCCCGUACUAUAACUACAUGAGAUCAUCUGCGAUCCCUACCAUGGUAUAUGAAGAGAACCCCUACGCGUAUUCCUAUGCGGGAUACGGUGGUUAUGGGUAUAGCUACCCGCCUUAUGGUGAUCCUAUUGGAUCGCCGGAUCCGCCGGGGACGGAUGCUGCUCGCCGUGAUUCCUCUCCUCCCCCACCUCCUCCCCCAGCGGGCUCGGCUUGGGAUUUCUUCAACCCGUUCGAUUCGUAUGAGCAGUAUAUGCCGGAAUAUUCACAGUUUCGGAUGAGCUCGGUGGUGAGUAGCCCGGAUUCGGAUGAGGUGAGAGAGAAGGAGGGCAUUCCUGAUUUGGAGGACGAGAUGGAGCCUGAGCCAGUGAAGAAGAUGGAGAAGGAGAAAAAGGUAAUAGAGGAGGACUCUGGCGCUGGGACUUCAAAGGCCGUGGCUCCGGAACAAGAAAAAGAGGAGGUGAAGGACGUGGUGGAGGAGAAGGAGAGCAAGGAGAGUGCCUCUGAAGGUGAAAAAUCUAAGGGGAGUGGGUCGGGAACAGAGGAAGGACAUGUAAGGCGGAAAAGUGUGAGCUUUGAAGAGGAUGCGUCACUAGCUACGGAGGCGAGUGGUGUGACGGCAUUGUCAGUGCACGCGACGAGGAAUGUUAUGGAAGCUGUGGAGGAGAUCAAGGAGCAGUUUAAGUUGGCUUCAAGGUUUGGGCAGGAGCUAUCGGUAAUGCUUGAAGUUGGCAAGAUGCGGUACCGCAGUGCCAAUGGAAUUCUGAGAGCAAUCUUUUCCUGGAUCUUGGAUUUCAUGGCUCUGCCAGUCUUGGUGUCUUCCCAAAAUUCUUAUGGUAGUGUGUUGGAAAGGAACAAUAUGGGUCAUGCAGCUUCUGAAAGUCACACUAAUAUGAAGUUUAGCAACCUUUCAUCAACUCUGGAGAAGUUGUAUGAAUGGGAGAAGAAGCUUUAUAAGGAAAUUAAGGAGGAAGAAAGACUUCGGGUCAUUUAUGAUAAGAAGUACAUGGAACUGAAAGCUUUGGAUGACAGUGGAGCCGAGUCAAACAAGAUUGAUUCUGUUCGGGAAUCAAUAAGAAUUCUUCGCACAAAAAUAAGCAUUGUUCUCAAAUCUGUGGAUGUCAUUUCAAUAAGGAUGCACAAAGUUAGAGAUGAAGAGUUGCAACCUCAACUGGUUGAGUUAAUUCAAGGGUUGAUAAGAAUGUGGAAAUUUGUGCUCGAAUGCCAUCAAAAGCAAUUUCAGGCCAUAGUUGAAAGCCAAAAUCAAAAUUUUAUGGCUAAAACAGCAAUCCAAAGAAAUUCUGUAGAUAAGGCCACAAUAGAACUAGAACGGGAAUUGUUACACUGGUGUUCUUCUUUCAAUGAGUGGAUCCAAAGCCAGAAAACUUAUAUCGAAACCCUGAAUGGAUGGCUGAUUAGGUGGCUUCCUCGAGAAGAGGAAGUAACACCUGAUGGUGUUGUACCUUUCUCACCUAGCAGAAUUGGAGCUCCGGCCAUUUUUAUCAUAUCCAAUGAUUGGUUCCAUGCUAUGCAAAGGAUCUCAGAGGUUGAGGUCAUUAGAACAAUGCGUGCUUUUGCUGCAAAUGUGCAUCAACUUUGGGAGAGUCAAGAUGAGGAACAACGACAGAAACUGAAAGCUGAAUAUUUGUCCAGAGAUUAUUCUAGGAGGCUGAAAUCUCUGUAUCAAGAGAACAGCAAUCUGAAUGUUAUCUUGGCCUCUGAAAACAACCAGGCACCCAUUGAUGAUCGUGUGUUGGCACUAGACUCGAUCAAGAAAAGAGUGGAAGAAGAGAGGGCCAAACAUGCAGAAGCUGUGAAGCAAGUUCAAGAAGUAGCUUCCGGCAGUUUGCGAAAUGGCCUUGUGCCGAUAUUUGAAGCAUUGAAAAAUUUUACUUCAGACACAUUGAAAGCAUAUGAAGGGCUUCGAAUGCCUGAUGAAAUAGCACAGAGCGCCGGCACCACUUAGUUACUCUAUCAUAGUGCAAACUGGGUCAAUUGCAAUACUUCUAGCCCAUAUGAUGGGAUUGCAAGUGAUAUCCUUUACAGCUAACAUAUCUAUAUAUUCACAGCUAAUAUUCGGAAAUGAUUGGUAUUUGGUGUGCCCUCUUCGGAGACAGAAAAAUGCUUAUUGAAGCGGAGAAUGGAUGGAAAGAUCGGUGUAUCAUCUCCGCGGGUUCUUGAGGUACAUUGAUGCUAGCUAGUUAGAGGAGACAGAUGUGUAUAUAAAUUCAUUCAUUUGUUCAUUGGUUGUAGAGUAGUAGGAGUUCCUCUGAUGCUUUCUUGCAGAGCUGGUCAUGGCCAUGGAUUAAGAAUAUCAAGAUAUGGAAGAGCUUUUUGGUGACCAGUUGAUUAACCAGUAACAUAUCAUUUCAGUUAUUCAAAGGAGGUUUAUUUUAUCAUCAAGCUUCUAUUUUGUGAAUCAUAUUAGGGUGAGCUGCAAGGGAAUUUUGUGUUUAACCCUAAAGCAGCAAAGAAACCAUUCUUUCCAUGUUCUAUUAUGCUUAUGUUUAAUGUCUUAUUAAGCUUUGUUGUUGUUGUUGUUGUUGUUGUUGUUGUAAAUGGGAGAUAUGAUCCCCUGUUUUACUAUCAUUUUCUAUUGUUGAACAUUAAGAGCAGGCCCUUUCUUCUUAAUCAUCAUCAUCACCAUCAUCUUUGAGU